UUUUAAUGGGAAUAUUCGAGUGCCUUCUAGGCAAAGAUCAAAUUAUUUUUUUAUUUAUUUUGAAAAAAAAGGAACAUUUGUAUAUAAGGAAGUUGGUGUACAAGUUUGAAGAAAGUAAAAGGCGGCAGAAGAAUAUACGUUAUUUCAAUCGGGCGGCGCAAAUUAGGGCUUCAUUUCAAGGUUUUGCGGAUUUUUCGAUUUUGAUUAAGAGGAAGUGCAAUGGCAUUGGGGAAAAAAUGUGGAAGUUACGGGUCGGGUCUAGUGAGAAGUAGUUCGUUUGGGAGGAAGAGAGUUAUAGUGGAUGUUGAUUUCAGUUCUACAAUACAUAUGAAGAAAGUGUGCAGUCAUAAUUCGUUUUUUAAUCACGAAAAGUCUCCAAUUGAAGACUUGCCUCAAGAUAUUUUGAUUAGGGUAUUGUGUGGAGUUGAUCAUGAUGAUUUGAAGAGGCUGUAUCAUGUAUCAAGGGCAAUUCGAGAGGCGACUGUGAUUGCAAAAAAGCUGCAUUUUGAGUAUGCAACACCCAGAAAGACGGUUGGUUUCAAAAAUGCAAUUGAUGAUUCAGGCGAAUUCAAUGACAUUGAAGCACCAAAUACUCCGAGGCAAUUGAAAGUUCGCAAGUUGAGGUUAAGCAAGAAGAAAAUUGCUGAUAUUUCUGUUGCGUUGUUUGCAUCAGAAGACGAUGAUGAUAAUUGGAUGGCGAUGAAUGCUGAGUUUUAGAGGUAUUGUUGUUGUAGAAAUCAUAGGUUUUUUAGUCUCUAGUUAGAAGAAAUAGUUGCCAGUGUUAUUUCUUCAAUCCUUUCAUUGAAGAUUAGUUAGUUCAUUUUGGGGAUUCUGUUUGAAGGCCUUUCUUUUUUGGCGCUUCUUAUGUCAUAAAAAUUAGGUUGUGUACAUAACAAUAUAUAGUAAUUGUUGUGUAUCAUUUAGUUAAUUUAAAUGACAAUUGUCUUUCCACUUUUAAUUUAAACUUGUAAUUGCUUUAUAGUUUUGUGA